AGUACCGAACCAGAGAAAUUACUCCCUUCACCUUUCUUCUUGUAGCAUUCGGCGUUUUUGCCACUUCGUUGUCAACUUACGCUACUUUGACCUCUUCAUUAUGAUUGUAAUCUGCGCAAGUAGCAUUGCUCUGGCAACUGAGGAUCCAGUGGCAGAAAACUCAACCCGAAACAAGAUUCUGGAACACUUUGACUACGCAUUUACUGGUGUCUUUACUGUUGAGAUGGUCCUCAAGAUAAUCGACUUGGGUGUCGUGUUUCAUCCAGGAGCCUACUGCCGAGAUCCGUGGAAUAUUCUCGAUGCCAUUGUAGUCCUUUGCGCGCUAGUAGCUUUCACGAUGAAGUGA